UUUUUUUUUUUUUUUUUUUUUUUUUUUUAAAAACCACGCACCAACCUCCCGGUGCGGAGCGGCAGAGGAAGAAAAAACCACACGGAUGUGCCUCCGAAAGCGCAGCGGAUACCGCCCACCGGACCUUAUUAAUGCCAAGAUUGAGAGGUCCGAGGCUGAAGGGGGGAUGACAUGCAUGCGUCCGGCCUGCUAACAUCGCUGACGACUCGCACACUAACCGACUGUCCGCCCUCACAACAUGACAGAUGUACUGUACACAGGUCCGAUCCCGGCCGAGCGAGCGGGCGAGUUGGCCAUGGGGGGGGGUCGCAGCGAGACCUCGGCACUGAGCGGGACGGGAGGGGGGCGGGGAAUGGCCACUACCCAGAAUUCCCAACGGCCCAACGCCUGCUGCUUCUGCUGGUGCUGCUGUUGCAGCUGCUCAUGCCGUUUUAUCAUGUCAGUCUCACCGUCAGGAAUGAAGAGGAGAGACGGAGGCGGAGUAGAAGGAAGAGAAUAUCACAGGACACCAAGAUGGAAAUCAUACCAAACUGUGAAGUUUGCACCAAACCCUCAGUGGAAGAGAUCCGGCUGUGGUCUCAGUCCUUCGACAAGCUGAUGAGGAACCCGGCGGGUCGAAAUGUUUUUCGAGAGUUCCUGCGGACGGAGUACAGCGAGGAGAACAUGCUGUUCUGGCUGGCCUGCGAAGACCUCAAACAGGAAAUCAACAAGAGCGCUAUUGAGGAGAAAGCGCGCUCCAUUUAUGAGGACUACAUUUCCAUAUUGUCGCCAAAAGAGGUGAGUCUGGACGCCCGGGUUCGAGAGGUGAUCAACAGGAGGAUUCAGGACCCGACGCCUCACGCGUUUGAAGACGCCCAGCUACAGAUCUACACGCUGAUGCACAGGGACUCCUACCCACGAUUCCUCUCCUCCAACAUCUACAAGUCGCUCAUUCACGACGGCUCGCGUACCUCCUCCGAAUCCUAGUCCCACACCGCCUCCACCUCCUCUUCUGAUCCUGCAUUUACAGGAUUGAUGCCAGACCAUUUCAUCGUUUCUCUCGCACACUCCUCCCAGUACAAAACUUUCCAGAAGUUAUUAGACUCCUCCUCAGUUCACUUCUCUUCUCCGAAUCCCAAAUCUCUGCGAUUACUGCCAAGACGUUCUUCUCAUUUCUUGUUUUUUCCCCCUCCAUACCCUAAACUUUUAGUGCUGUUGCCUUGCCUCCUUUCCUCUCCUCUUUCCUCUUCUCUCUCUCUCCAGUUGACUCCUCUUCUGUAUUCCUUCUAUUGUCUCUUUGUUCUCAUUAAAUUUGUUUGUUUUCCUUUCUUCCCCCAAUUCUCUUUUCUUUUUCACUUGGAUAACUCAGGCAAGUGUCUUGAGGGCCUUCAAAAACAAGAAAAGCAUUACAUUAAUAAUAGAUUUACAGCAUUAAAUAGCACGGGUUACUUGUCCAGUAAUAGUUAGUGAAAAAGUAAACCUGUUAGAUUAAAUCAGAAAACAAAGAAUUAAACGUUAAGCAUUUUAUAUCCAUAAAUACUUUGAAACUCCACAAGCCUCUGACAGUAGUGAGACCAUCAUAGGAAAUAACACUUAAUUCAUAAAGUGUUAAUUAACAGUGCCUCAAGUUUGAAAGUAGAAUACAUCCACUAGCCAAUAAUUUCAAUAUGUAUUUAUGAAUAGAGCCUGACUGGUGAUGGAUUUCUUAGGCCAACACAGAUAUUCGAGUCAUAUUUCAUAUGAGUCAUAUUUGAGAUAUUGGUUUUUAACAUUAACUCAUAACUUAAACGUUUUUGACAAAAAAAAAGAAAACAAAUCUUAACUAGCUAGCUUUUUCUGGAGAUGUCAACCUCAUCUCACAGCCUUCCUCAGCGGAUGGAGUUUGCACAAUUUUAAGUUCUGAGCAAACUCCGUCCGCUGAGGAAGACUGUCCAGAAGGAUGUGGUAAAGCUAAGUAAGUGGCUCUUGAGUAAGAUUACAGCCUGACCAAUACUGGAUUUUUGUCGAUAACGGUAGAUAUUUAACAUAAAAUGUAGAUAUAUCUGCCAGUGUUAAUUAACACGUAACAUAAACAAAUAUUUUUGACCAGGGUCCCUUAAAUUUGGUUAUUAACGAAUUGUGACCAGGAGAUGUACUGAGCGGGACAUUUUACAGUUUUAAAAUAAAGUUAUACUUUUGUCAUUUUUACUGGCCUUGCAGACGCAUCGGUCGGGCUCUAUUUAUAAAUCUGCUGGUAUCAUUAGAUUUUUGGCUACCAUCCUGUUCUGUAGAUUCCUAAAACUGCUGAACACUUUACCUCGUCUCAUCCCUGUCCUGAGAUCAGUUAUCUUCUUUUAAUUUCUGUUUUCUUCUGUCCUUCCAACUCCAUCCUUCCAUUCAUCCUUUCAACUCAUUUUCUAUCUAAGAACCUCUUCUCCUCCCUCAUCUCUCGUGUUUCCCACCUUUUUCCUGCUUUUCACCUCAACGGCUCCUCAACAGAAGCAAGCGAUCUGGAUAUUGAAGUAUUUCUUUGGGAUAUCAUUUACUGUUGUGUGUAGAUGAUUAAUUGGGAGAUUUUCAUGCAUUUCAAGGGGAGAAAUAUACAUCUGUGCUAUGGAUUCUUAGUGAAUUGUUACUAAUUUGCCCCUCCCCUCAUGACCAGCCAAUCACAUUUAAGAGCCAAUUAAAGAUGGAUGCCCCUGACUUCCGCCCACCUCAUCGCCUUGUUUUUCAUGCUACGGUUCUCUAUACAGGGACUAACGGAAAGGCAAAAGAAAAGAUAGAUGCUGUCUCAUUCCUUCUCUUUCUCUCUUUCAACUGGAAAACAGAGGAUGCUCCCUCCAUCCCCCGCUACAAACUACAAAAAAGUUUGGUUCUUAUUUUUAUUGUUUAUUUAUCCACUCUUGUUUGCUGGAUCAAUCAUUUCACUCCUGUGAUAAACAAACAGACUAAUGGAUGGAUGUCACUUCCUUCCGACUACUGAUUUACAAACAGACAAGACGUCUAUUUUUUAAGAGAAAACUAUAUGGAACAUUGUAAUUAUGUUGAUUUUUUUAUUUUAUUUUAUUUUUAUUUUUUGGUUUAUUUGGUUUCUCCCACUCUUUCCCCUUCCUGGAUUUUUUGCAACAAGAGGAGGAUUCCUCGGAGACUGUACUGAUCCCCGCCCGACACAACACCACAGACAGGUGCAAUAAAACACUGGAGUUUGGAAAAACAACACACACACGCACAUGCGCAGAUUUCCAACAUUUGUGUUACUAUACUUCAGGGGAUCUUUCAAUAACCGAAGUGAUAAAAAUAGCAGAUAUCUGUACCUCAGGUUCGUUGCGUAAUAUUUAGGAGUUUUAUCUAUGCUGUGAAACAUUUCUCAUUUUCUCAGUGAAGCGAUAAUCCAUUCCCAUGCAGUUAUAAAAAAAAUAAAUAACGCACCCCACAGAGCGUUACUUUUCAUAACCACUAUGGACACUUACCAUUUUUAUUUAUAAGUAUACAAAUUGUUUAUUCAUAUUUAAUAUGGCAAUACGUCCUUUAAAUGUAUUUAAUGUGUUAUUCAGUAGUUCUCUAAGGCUCUAAGUUGCCGUCUUUUUAAAAGUAAUUUAAUUGUUUAAUUUUGGAUCUCAAUCAUUUUAUCAUGUUUUUCUUCUGAUUGUUAGAGAUUUGGAAUCGUGGUAGAGCUGAAACAAUUAGUUGAUUAGUUGAUCGACAGCUUCUCAAAUGUGAACAUUUUCUACUUUUUGGUGUUUUAUAUUAUUUUAAAUUGAAUAUAUUUGAGAUUUCGACUGAUAUACAAAGAAAAUGUGAAAAUGUCUCUCUUUUGGCUAUUUGAACUUGUGAUUAGCAUUUUUCACGUUUUUUUUUUUUUUUACACUUCAUGACUAAACAAUCAAAAAAUACAUCUCAGAUUAAUCAAUUUAAAAAAAAAAUGUAUUUUAGUUGCAGCCCUAAAUCGCAGGUAAACUAUCUUUUGACAUUAAGCAUCAACUCUCAACUUAAGUUACACCAUCCAAAGAUUCUAAUUUAAAACUCUUAAAACCUAAAACACAACCUUAGGUCUCACCUGAGAAGUAAGGCUCAUAAACAAUGUUUACUUAGCUCCCAUUAAAUUCUGUUCUCUGCACAGAGACUGGAAGGAAAACUUCUGUAUGUUGAGGAAGAAAUUAAUUCAAACUUUAUAAUUUAUUCUCUUUAAAAGCCAGCAUUCAGUGGAACAUUAUAAUUUUCUUUAUACUCCACCAGCUAUGAAUACAGUGCGGUUUUUGCUGCAUUCAUGUCAUAUGGACAUUAACAUAACUACCACUGUUCACACCAUCAUCUAGUUGGUAAUGAAAAAUCUAACUGCAUAAAAAUGGGAAGAAAAUCUCUUUCUGAAAGCUACAAUGACUGACUCUAAAAAGCAAGCAUGGCAGCCUCACAUCAACCAGAAUCUACUGUUCAGUACAACAGUUUAAUUUAAUAUAUUUUAACCAUGGUACCACCAACAGCCAUAGCUCAGCUGUAAAUAACUAUUUUUCCAGUGUGUUACUACUACUACUAAUACUACUUAUUAACAACACCUUGACAUUGUCAGAUUCUGUGAGCGCUCAGGAGUUUUAACAGUGAUAAUCCCUGUAAUCACCAUCUUCCAGCAUUACGUGCAUAGUUCAAUCAUGUUGUAUUACAUGAUUUUUGGGGUCGCCUAGCCCUGUUCAGAAGGUCCCAUACAAAAGUGCAGCGAAGCGUCCGGGGCUGGGGGUCACCAACUGCAGUUUUAAUGGUCAGGAAGGACCAAAGAAGAUAAAAUGUUCUCCGUCUUCUCUAAAGAUCCACAAGUUUUAAACCUAGAAGUCAAAGUUGUCCUAAUAAGUAUAGUAAUACAAGUAUCUCCACGCGCGCACGCACACACACACACACACACACACACACACACACACACACACACACACACACACACACCAGGGUGGCCUACCUGGGCACUGCUGCUGCUGACCUCUGCCUCUGUGACCUCUCACCUUUGACCUCACCACUGUCUGUUGCCCACUCGCGGACGCGUGCUCCUGAUUGGCUACAGGAGGCUGCAGAGCUGAAUUGUGGUUGGUCAAUUCAGGAAGGGGGGGUGGGAGGAAAUCCCAGGUGCAAAAAAUUAUAUAUAGAUAUAUUAAUGAAAAACAACUAAUAAAAAAAAAUAGAGAGAGAAAAAAAAGAAGAUUAUGUGAGAUGGAAUGCUUACACCCAGUGCUUCAUGGGAAUUGUAGUUUGAGGAAAAUGUUUGUGGUUGUCUGCGGAGGCAGAAACAACAGAUUUUUAAAAAGAGAUGCCUAGGUCUUAACCAGACUGGUCACUCAGAAUGCAUUUAUCUUAGUAUUGUUAAUGUUAUUUAUUUUAUAUUUUGUUAAAACUGUGAUUUUAAUUGUACAUAUAUAAACAGAAACCCUUGAACAUCCAA